AACCAAUUGAUUGAUGAGCUCCAUUGAUUGCUGCACAAGAGGGAGCACGCGACUACAAAAGGGAAGUUACUCCUAUAGGAGAAGCCAUGUCUACUAUUAGAUUCGGGAGUAGUGUCGGGCUGUCUGGAGUCAACUCUGAAGAUCCAGAGCACAGCUGGAAGGAAGAGUCCGGAAAUGAAGUCCUGGAUGAUGCCAGUGACCCCAACAGGCUUGUGCAGUGCCCAUAUGACAGAAAUCACCAGAUCAGGGCCUCUCGUUUCCCUUUUCAUGUUCUCAAGUGCAGGAAGAACCACCCCAAACUGGCCAAUGAAAUGAAGACUUGCCCCUUCAAUGCCAGGCACUUGAUUCCAAAACAUGAGUUUUCACAUCACGUAGCAAACUGUGAGGACAAGAGGUCCCUGACUGCUGAAGAUGGAAAUAUAGAGGUGCUUAAGAAGUUCCAGGUGCCUGUUAAUACCUGGACAGACCCUUCACCCAAUGAGGACUGGGAAACAGAGGCUGAUGAUGAUGCUGCCAUCUUUGUUUGGGGUGAAACCAACAAUCAGCUUGCCCAAAACAAGCCAGAGCCAUCUACCACUAUCAGUUUAUCGGAUGGAUUGCGGGCACCUCGAACUCUUCCAUGGAAACUCUAAGCACUCUUAACAAGGAUGCAUCACCACUGGACAAACACCACAGGACAAUCUCUUACUUUUUAUUUUUAAAUAUUAUAACCGGUUUAAAAUGUACCCUUCUAGCCAUGUGACCCUAGCCUAACCUGUUUAAAAUGUACCCCUCUAGCCCUGUGACCCCCCCCCCCCCUUGCCUAAAGUUUGUUUUAAAUUUUUCAGUGCCUUAACCUUUUGAAUGUAUUACUAUUUUGCUUGUCUUUUCUUAAGCUUCUUUAAAUGCGUAACCUGUAAACAGAUCUGUUCCAUGUGCAGAGGGGCUCCUUAUUAAAUACAGGAAUUAUUUACUUCAUCUGUAUUAAGAACCAUCAGUAUUAUGCUUUCUGGACUGCUUGCUUAAACUAUUGCAAUUUGUGGAAAAAAUGACAUUUAAUC